AUGGCUUGCUUGGCUGCCUCAGUCAAUGCCGACGAAUUGGAUGACUCUGAAAGCGAGGCAAAUGCAUUGGCCGAGGACUACCAACGCAAUGCCAGCGAUGUUUCCACGAGUGAAAUGCUUGAAAGCGUGUCAGAACUCAUGCGGGGGGUAGACUUUGCCGCUCCUACCCACGUCUUUCGUGAGCCAACCCCGCCCCCUCGACGUACAAAGUCACCGGCACGUGGACAGCCUCCCCGAAUCAAUUUCAUCUCUGCCAUCACCAGCGAUGAUACACAAAACCCCCCAUCGCGAGAUUUGCGACAUAUCGGAGCCAAGGUGCAGAGCAUUGGGCAAAGCCUCUUGGUGCUAGCCUCCAAAGAUAGCCCUGAAACAUCGCGGCAACUGCCGCCUGUCCUGAUGCAGCAGGUCCUGCAGUAUACAGCUGAGCUUGAGUCUAUGAUUUUUGCGCUGCGGGCCACACUGACGCCAACUGCAGACGCGGGACGCCUGCGUGGACGCUCGAUGCAUCAAGACGCCAUGCGCACCCCCCAGAACGAUGACAGUAUGGGCGAGAGCGGCGAAUCGGGUGGUGAUGCCGAUGAAUCAAGUUGCGAAACGGAUGCGGGCUCGGUGGCACCCAUGGUCAAACCUGAAUGCACCUCAGCCAUGUUUAUCGAUGGCCAAUUGCACCGCAAAAAUGACAACAGUGCUCCGCCCGUGCGCCGAGUCGAGCGCUCAGGCAACCCUGACCACAGCUUUGAACUCGUCUGGCAAGCAUUGAUUGAGACCUUUGGCCUUCGCAGCCACAGUCGUGGUCAAGGAUCGUUGAAAGCCCCAAUAUUGUCCAAAACGGCCGCAACAGGACUGCCACCCGAGGCGGCUUAUGGCAUCUGCCAGCAACAGUGGCGAUCGUGGUCCGCUGGUGGUGGAGCAGCAGCCAUGCAGUCCCUGCUUGGUCGGGCAUCUGCUCCCAAUACCAUGCACGCCGCCUAUGCCUCUGCUGCCCCUCAACCAAGCGCAUCUGCCGAUGCAGAGGCGAGCCUGACCGCAAGCAACCUAGGACACCGAUUGUUAACCGGCAUGGGGUGGACGCCUGGCACCGGGUUGGGCGCUACGCGCAAUGGCAUUGUGGCCCCGAUUCAAGCUGUCCGGCGCCCGCGCCGCCAGGGUUUGGGAAAUUAUGAUUGA